AUCAUCGUUAGUGGCGAACCCAGCUCUAUUUAAACCUUAAAUUUAAGCAAUUCGAUUGGAUUUUUAACUGUUUGCUUGUCGGGUAGAAUCGAAGAGAUUGCAAGAUGACUACGCCCGUGCCGCGUCGCACCAAGGAUAUGAUGGCACUGGCACUGGAUUCUGACUCCGAGGACGACUUUAAUACGCCCUACCGACCACGAUCGCGGCAAGCUGCGGCGGCGGCGGCAGAAGCAAAACAGCAGCCGGUGGCGUCUUUCCAGAUCCCGGCGAGGGGCAAGGAGAACGAGCCCUAUCCCAUGCCCGUGAAUGUGCUGCCUCGUCGCGUCUCCGAGUUGACCAUGAUGGAAUCGGACAGCGAGGAGGAGGACGUCAAGAGCAACCACAACCUUAACUGCGCCAUUCUGAACGAUUCCUUUGUUCUAAGCCCCUCCCAAGAGUUAACAAACAGUAAUGGCAGCAUCCACACCCGGCGAUCAACCAACGCCGUUCCUCUCAAGCAGUCCGAUUCGAAUCUUUCCUUCCUGGGGCGAUUCAACAACAUGGGCAUCAACUGCAGCAGCCAAGGAUCACCUGCUGCGAAGUCGGAGAAGAAGGUGGCCAAAAAGCCAGCGCCCACGAUCCCAGUCGUGACGGAAAGGCGCCCACUCCAGGACACAGAGACGCCACUGCGCAAUGAAAUGUCCACAUCCUCUAAGGCAAAGCCGGAUGCGGACUUCAUCACCCCCCAAGUACGAACCGUUGGUUCCACUUUGGCUAGCAAAGGCCGCAGUGCGGUGUCCAAUGACUUUCGGGCGCAGAAGGUGCUCUUCCAAACGCCCAUGACCGUCAGUCGGGCAGCUCCUGUCACCUCCGAGAGCAUAAGCUUCUCGCUCUGCGACACCAUCAGCGAGAGUCCGGACAUUCCAGAGCCUCCGAAAAAAGUAGAUCCUCCGAAAAGUCACCAUCAGUCCAAAAAAUCCCUGGAUAAUGUGUUCCGGGAGUCGGAGCCGGCCAAAGAGGAGAUCGUUGAGCCAAAGGAGUUGGUGCCGACGCCCGCAGCUGCCGCCCAACCAGAACCGCCUUCCAGCUCCUCCAAGACCUCUAGUAUACUAAAAAUCAAAAACCAUGAAUACACUAUUGCCAAAAAGCUGGGCUGCGGUGGUUCCAGCUCGGUUUACUUGGCACGUCGCUCGGAUUCUGGGGAUGAGUUCGCCCUGAAAGUGGUGGAUCUGCAGGCCGAUCCCCAAGUGGUGCAGGGCUAUCUCAACGAAACGAAGCUGCUGGCAAAGCUGCAGGGAAACGUUUGCGUUGUGGCGCUCUAUGAUUAUCAACUUGUUCGCGAGGAGUCCAAGCUGUACAUGGUUAUGGAGAAGGGCGAUUGCGACCUAAACAAGAUCCUGCAAAGCUACACCACCGCCCUGCCGCUCUAUAGCCUUAUGAACAUCCUGUACCAGAUGUUACAGGCGGUCAACUACAUUCACCAGAACGGUGUCAUUCACUCGGACCUAAAGCCGGCCAACUUCCUGAUGGUCAGCGGGAGGCUGAAGCUAAUCGAUUUUGGCAUAGCCAGCAAUAUUGCCUUGGACUCAACGAGCAUUAUCAAAUUUUCGCAGGCCGGCACCUUUAACUAUAUUAGUCCGGAGGCGUUGACGGACACCUCUACGGGAAACAGUCCGAUGCGCGGCACCAAUCAGCCCAAGAUCAAGAUAUCCACCAAGUCGGACGUAUGGUCGCUGGGCUGUAUCCUCUACCUGCUGCUCUACCAAAAGACGCCCUUCGGCCACAUCCGAAACAUCUAUGCCAAGAUGAGUGCAAUCGCUACUCCGAGCACCAGCAUCGAGUUUCCCGCCAUUCCGCCUUACUAUCCCAUCAUGCUGGUUCACAUGGCCAAGAACUGCCUUCAGCUGGAUCCCAAAAAGCGUCCGUCGUGCAAUGAACUGCUACAGUAUCCAUUCCAUAUGAUCAUACCGCUACAGAAUCUGCAGAUACCCAAGCAGAGCCGCCACCAGUAAUUAAGCAUGAAAGCUCAACUAUUUAUUAGUCAAAUGUCAAAGGUCAAAUGUCUUUCUCAUAUGUGUGUGUGUAUAUAUUUAAUUCUCAUUUAUCGUAAAUUAAACAUCAUAAAUCCUUACAAUGCA